AAAAGCUUCAUCCAGUGGCACGUGGCGUGUUUUUGUUUGUGUCCUUGCGCGCGCGCGCGCGUGUAUGUGUGUGUAUAUAUAUGUGUAUGUGUGUGUGUGCGUCGCUUACGUGUCUCCACACUACUAGUACAAGUGGUAACCAAGGCGUGCAUGACUAACUAGUUGUGGCUGAAAUUAUGGGAUGUAUCGUCAUGGCAACAGACCAGACGUCACAAUCUGAGCAUGUGUGCUCCAUUUUUUUGUCUUAUUUGUCAGACUGGGAGCCCUGGAUAGACAUCAUCACACAGUGACGACUUCCAAUGUGCGGCAUCAUCAACAUUUUCUUUUUCUUGUCCUUCCACAGCUGCUGCGGAUUCGUGAAGAAAGGAGCUCGGCUGCCGCUGCUGCUGUUACUGCUGCUGCUGCGACGGCGUGUGGAGGGUUAACUUUCACCAUUGUCAGCCCGAAAGGGGGCUUUUUUGGAGGGGGAGGAGGAGGAGAAGAAGGAGGAGGGAGGGCGAUGAGAUAAAGAUGCCGGGGUCGCUGAGCAAUGAAGACGAGGCGCAGGACGACAUGGAUUUUGAAGACGAGAUGCCAGACGAGGAGGAUGUGUGCGCCACGCUUCCUCUGGCGUCCAUCGGCAGCUUCUUCUCGGACGACGACUCCCUCAAACAGCAAAAAAAGAAGAAGAGUAAAAAAAAGAUGACAGAGGGCAAAGUGCCUAAAAUGAAAAAACGGAAAAAGGAGGCAGGGAUCCCAGCAAACAUGGACAGCGAGCAGGACAGGAUGUCCGAAGUGGAGGAUGACCGCGCUGCAGAGAGAGGCUCUGAGAGCGAGAGCAGCAUGUUUAGCUCCAGCAAGAAGAAGAAGAAGAAACCAAAGGAGAAGAAGGAAAGGAAGCCCAGGAAGAAGAAGCGAGAUGAGGAAGAUGAUGAAGAUGAUGAUGACGAUGGAAGCAUGAAAUGUACAUGCGCCACACAGGAACCCAAAUCGUCCAGUCAGCUGAUGCUCGAAUGGGGACUGGAGGACGUUCAGUACGGCUUCACCGAGGACGACUACAAGACCAUCACCAACUACAAAGCUUUCAGCCAGUUCCUCAGGCCUCUCAUCGCUAAGAAGAAUCCCAAGAUUCCCAUGUCCAAGAUGAUGACCGUGCUAGGGGCCAAGUGGCGAGAGUUCAGCGCCAACAACCCCUUCAAAGGCGCCUCUGCAACCGCCGUGGCAGCCGCCGUGGCUGCCGCUGUGGAAACAGUUACCGUGGCACCGCCCACCUCUGUCGGUCAGCUGAGCGCUCAGCUUGGGCCCGUCAAAAAAGCCAAAACCAAAGAGGGGAAAGGGCCUGGAGUUCGGAAGAGGUGCAAGACUGUGAAAGACGGGAAGAAGAAAGUGAAGGCGAAGAAGACCAAAUCCAAGUCAGGCCAAAGUGGGAAAAAGAAGAAGGCGUCCUCGAGCGAGGAGGACUUCCUGGAGGAGUCUGACUUUGAUGACAUCAGCAUCCUCAGUGCCUCUGUGCUUUGUGACACCUCGGGGGCGGCCGCCAAGAAAAAGACUCGGCGCGGGCGCAAAAAAAGGAAAAGGGAGGAUGGCGACGGCUACGAGACGGACCACCAGGACUACUGUGAGGUGUGUCAGCAGGGCGGUGAGAUCAUCCUGUGUGAUACCUGUCCCCGAGCGUACCACCUGGUGUGCCUGGAGCCUGAGCUGGAGAAGGCCCCCGAGGGCAAAUGGAGCUGCCCACACUGUGAAAAGGAGGGGAUCCAGUGGGAAGCCAAAGACGAGGAGGACGAAGACGAGGAGGAGGCGGCGGCAGCGGUGGCGGCGACGGCGCGAGAGGAAGAAGAUGACCACAUGGAGUUUUGUCGAGUGUGUAAAGAUGGAGGAGAACUGCUGUGUUGCGACACCUGUCCAUCAUCCUACCACAUCCAUUGCCUCAAUCCGCCACUGCCUGAGAUACCCAACGGGGAGUGGCUGUGUCCACGCUGCAUGUGCCCUCCUCUAAAAGGAAAAGUACAAAAGAUUCUUCACUGGAUGUGGGGCGAGGCGCCUCUUCCCCCAGAGCCGCCCAUGGGCCUGGAUGGCAAGCCCACCGUAGACGUCUUAAGCAAGCCCCCUCUCAAGGGCCAUCCCGAAAGGGAGUUCUUUGUAAAGUGGGCUGGUCUCUCACAUUGGCACUGUUCCUGGGUCAGCGAACUGCAGUUGGAACUCUACCACACUGUCAUGUACCGGAAUUACCAGCGUAAAAACGACAUGGAUGAACCCCCGCCGUAUGACUACGGUUCGGGCGAGGAUGAGCUCCACAAUGAGAAGAGGAAGAGCAAAGACCCUCAGUACGCUGUGAUGGAGGAGCGCUUCUACCGAUACGGAAUCAAACCGGAGUGGAUGGUCAUUCAUCGCAUACUCAACCACAGCUUUGAUAAAGACAGCGACGUGCAUUACUUAAUCAAGUGGAGGGACCUACCUUAUGACCAGUGCACCUGGGAGGUGGAUGAUUUUGACAUCCCGGAAUAUGACAGCCAUAAAGCUUCCUACUGGGACCAUCGGGAACAAAUCUUAGGGGAGGACCAACGCCCUCUGGUGGUGAGAAAGGGAAAGAAAGAGGACCAUCGAAAGAGGGAGAUCCCUCCGGAUGCUCCCAUCAUUGAUCCAACAAUAAAGUUCGAGCACCAGCCGUGGUACAUCAACGCCACCGGGGGAACGCUGCACCCGUACCAGCUGGAGGGCCUGAACUGGUUGAGGUUCUCUUGGGCUCAGAGCACCGACACCAUCCUGGCUGAUGAAAUGGGUCUGGGAAAGACGGUGCAGACUAUCGUGUUUUUGUAUUCCCUUUAUAAAGAGGGUCAUUCCAAGGGCCCCUUCCUGGUGAGCGCGCCCCUCUCGACCAUCAUCAACUGGGAGCGGGAAUUUGAGAUGUGGGCCCCAGAUUUUUAUGUGGUGACGUAUACCGGAGACAAGGACAGCCGCGCCACCAUCCGGGAGAACGAGUUCACCUUUGAGGACAGUGCGGUCAAGCUGGGACGAAAGGCGUUCCGCAUGAAGAAAGACACUCCUAUCAAAUUCCACGUGCUGCUGACCUCCUACGAGCUGAUCACCAUCGAUCAAGCAAUCUUGGGUUCCAUCACGUGGGCUUGCCUGGUGGUGGACGAGGCCCACAGGCUGAAGAACAACCAAUCAAAGUUUUUUAGAAUCCUCAAUGGAUACAAGAUCUACUACAAGCUGCUGCUCACUGGAACGCCUCUUCAGAACAACCUGGAAGAGCUCUUCCAUCUUCUCAACUUCCUCACUCAGGAGCGCUUCAAUAACCUGGAGGGCUUCCUGGAGGAGUUUGCCGACAUCUCCAAAGAGGACCAGAUCAAGAAACUUCACGACCUGCUGGGGCCGCACAUGCUCAGGAGGCUCAAAGCGGAUGUCUUCAAGAACAUGCCUGCCAAAACGGAGCUGAUCGUCAGGGUGGAGCUCAGCCCCAUGCAGAAGAAAUACUACAAGUUCAUCUUGACACGAAACUUUGAGGCGCUCAACUCCAAAGGCGGCGGCAACCAAGUGUCCCUGCUCAACAUCAUGAUGGACUUGAAGAAGUGCUGCAACCACCCGUACCUGUUCCCCGUGGCGGCUGUGGAGGCUCCAGUUCUACCCAACGGCUCGUAUGACGGAAACCUGCUGGUGAAGUCCUCCGGCAAGUUGACGCUCCUUCAGAAGAUGCUGAAGAAACUCAAAGACGAAGGCCACAGAGUUCUUAUUUUCUCACAGAUGACAAAGAUGUUGGAUCUGCUGGAGGACUUCCUCGAGUUUGAGGGUUAUAAAUACGAGCGUAUUGAUGGCGGCAUCACUGGAGGUCUGAGGCAGGAGGCCAUUGACCGUUUCAACGCACCUGGCGCUCAGCAGUUCUGCUUCCUGUUGUCAACACGAGCUGGAGGGUUGGGCAUUAACCUUGCCAGCGCAGACACCGUCAUCAUCUACGAUUCAGACUGGAACCCUCACAAUGACAUCCAAGCAUUUAGUAGAGCGCACCGCAUUGGCCAGAACAAGAAGGUGAUGAUCUAUCGUUUUGUUACGCGGGGCUCGGUGGAGGAAAGGAUCACUCAGGUAGCCAAGAGGAAGAUGAUGCUGACCCACCUGGUGGUACGACCUGGUCUCGGCUCCAAAACAGGCUCCAUGUCCAAACAAGAACUGGAUGACAUCCUCAAGUUUGGAACAGAGGAGCUCUUCAAGGACGAGAUGGAGGCUGCUCGGACCAUGGGUGACAACAAAGAUGGCGAGGAGGGCAACGUGAUUCACUAUGAUGACGACGCCAUCUCCAAACUGCUGGAUCGCAGCCAGGAUGCCACUGAAGAUACCGAAAUCCAGAACAUGAACGAGUACCUGAGCUCCUUCAAGGUGGCCCAGUAUGUGGUGAAAGAAGAGGAUGGAGAGGAGGAAGUGGAGCGGGAAAUCAUCAAGCAGGAAGAGAACGUGGACCCGGACUACUGGGAGAAACUCCUCCGCCAUCACUAUGAGCAACAACAGGAGGACCUGGCCCGAAACCUGGGCAAGGGCAAACGCAUCCGCAAGCAGGUCAACUACAACGACACCACCCAAGAGGACCAAGACAACCAGUCGGAGUACUCUGUGGGGUCCGAGGACGAGGACGAAGACUUCGAGGAAAGGCCUGAAGGAGGGCGCCGACAGUCUCGCCGACAGCUGAGGAACGAGAAAGACAAACCUCUGCCCCCCCUGCUGGCCCGCGUUGGCGGCAGCAUCGAGGUCCUGGGCUUCAAUGCCCGGCAGAGGAAAGCCUUCCUGAACGCCAUCAUGCGCUGGGGCAUGCCCCCCCAGGAUGCCUUCACCUCUCACUGGCUGGUGCGGGACCUGAGAGGGAAAAGUGAGCGCGAGUUCAGGGCCUACGUGUCUCUGUUCAUGAGACACCUUUGCGAGCCGGGUGCAGAUGGAGCCGAGACAUUCGCCGAUGGUGUCCCGCGUGAAGGUCUCUCUCGCCAACAUGUCCUCACCAGGAUUGGAGUCAUGUCACUUGUGAGGAAAAAGGUGCAGGAGUUUGAGCACGUCAAUGGAAAGCUGAGUUCUCCGGACCUCAUUCCGAUCGGAAUGGAGCUUAAGAAGCUGACCGAGAGCGUUUCGUCUGAUCCCAACACUCCGCUGCAGGCCAGUCCGGUAGCCACACAACCCGGGACCCCCAACCCACCAGACAAGACUGAGUGUCCCACAGACGACAAAGACGCAGCACAACAAGAAAGCAAGAAACGCUCCGAGCAGGAAACAUCUUUGCAGACCUGUGCAGAAGCCCUGGGUUCACGUGAUGCAGAAGGACAACGUGUCAAUGAGCAGGAAGCGGCGACGCGUGAGGAGGAGGAGCCAGCAGCCGACGUCAACGAGAGCAACACGACCUCUGAGGAAAGAACACGAGGAAACGAGAUGGACAAAAGUCAGUCGCCCCCUAAACACACCGAGAAGACAACAGCGAUGUCGUCCAGUCAGAACUCACCUCAAAAGGAGCCGUGCAAAGAACCCGAGAAGCCAUCAGAGAGAGGAGAUGCUGAGGAGAAGGAGAACAAACCAGAUGACGUGAAAAGCGAAGACGCCGCAGACAGUCGACUUAAUGGAGACAAGGACACGUUGGACGAACUGGAGGACGCCAGGAAGGAAGAGAAAAAUGGAUUCAAGACAAAGUUCAUGUUUAAUAUCGCUGAUGGAGGUUUUACAGAGCUGCACACGCUGUGGCAGACGGAGGAGCGAGCGGCGUUGUCGUCAGGAAAGAUGCACGACAUCUGGCACCGUCGCCACGACUACUGGCUGUUGGCAGGCAUUGUCACGCACGGUUACGCUCGCUGGCAGGAUAUUCAGAACGACCCACGCUACGCCAUCCUCAACGAGCCUUUCAAGACAGAGAUUCAUAAGGGCAACUACCUGGAGAUGAAGAACAAGUUCCUGGCUCGACGUUUUAAGUUGUUGGAGCAGGCGCUGGUGAUCGAGGAGCAGCUGAGGAGGGCGGCCUACCUGAACAUGAGCCAGGACCCCAGCCACCCCGCCAUGGCGCUCAACACUCGCUUCACCGAGGUGGAAUGUCUGGCCGAGUCUCACCAGCACCUGUCCAAAGAGUCCAUAGGCGGGAACAAGCCCGCCAACGCCGUGCUGCACAAAGUUUUAAACCAGCUUGAAGAACUUCUGAGUGACAUGAAGGCCGACGUGACACGACUGCCCAACAUGCUCUCCCGCAUCCCUCCUGUGUCGGCCCGCCUGCAAAUGUCAGAACGCAGCAUCCUCAGCCGCCUCACCAGCCGAGGUGGAGAACCGCCACCACAGCAGACUUUUAGCCAGGGAGGGUUUGCCUGCUCCCAGAUGUACGGAGCAACUUUUGCCGGUGCGUUCAGAGGCCCGGGUGGACAACCGAUGGUCAAUUAUAGUCAGAUGCCUCUGGGGCCGUAUGUAAGCGGAUAUUCUGGGUGUCAUCCUUUAGUGUCAAAUGGCCCGCCUACCAACCACCUGGACAAGAAGACCUUCGAGUCCUUGAGAGACGUGGCCACACCUGACCUCAAGUCCGGCAAAGCGAGUGACGUCAUCUGUAUCGAAGACUAAAAACCUGCUUUCCGGAUGAUGACAUCGAUAAUAUUUUUGGCUUUGGGACGUACAUCCUACAUACUUUGGCCUUCCUGGCUUCAUAACGAGAUCCUUAUUUUUUCUUUUUGCAGACGUAUGAAUCUAAAGAAUUGCACUUUUACCUCUCAAGAGUCCUUGAGAGGGUUUUUUUAAAUUAAUAUUUUGACUGUAUCCUGCCCUCAGAUUUCAGACAAGUUGUGCUGAUGCUGUGGUCCGGGAUGGGCUUCAUCUAAUCCUAAAAUUUUUUCAGCCCAUAUGCGAGGACUCUUCGGAACAGCCGGGCUCAGCGUUUAAAGGAUCAUUACGUCGACAAGAAGAAUAUGUGUUUUCUCAUUCAUGUCGUGCACUUAAGUGUGGAAUUGAGAACAGCAGCUAUUCAUGUAUGCAGUUAAGAGGACAGUCUACCUGGAAGUAUGCCACCUCCUGGUGUUUUGCGGGAAGUGCAGUCCUUCUUUACCUCAUGUAAAGUGUCAUACAAGUACUUGACAUGUGCAGGAGAGGGGUUCACCUCACCCAUAAAUGUGAUAGCUUCUACCUUUUGAAUGUUUGAAGUAGUGGCUGCACUAAAAAAAACUCAAACCCACCGCCCCAGUGGACAUUUACCGUUGUUAGAAUUAUGAUCUAUCUAUCAUUUUAAGUGUUCCAUUCAUUUUCAAUGGACAGCUCUCUCUUUUUAUCUAAUGAUGUUCACCUUUUUUAUUGACAUUCCCUCCACCAACGCCCCUUCGCAAAUGAGACUGGAGUUAUGUUCUCCAUAAGGGUUUCUAAUUCCGCCCUCCAUGUGGCUGGCAAUCAACUGUAAUGGUAAUGUUUUAUUUCAUUUGAACAUGCAUCAGAUUACAAUUGAAUGCAUCACAUAAUAAUAAUUCACAGUUCCACAUGUCCAAAAAGGAGUAGGAAGAAGCAAAGCUUAUUAAAUCCUACCCCUCCAUAUGGUACUUUUACAGUAACUGUUACAUUUGUUCACUUCCUGCUUUCAUAAUAUAGUUUAAGGUGGUUUGAGGUAACUGAAAUGAAGAAAUUGUGAUUUUAAAGAAUAUGGAGCCAUUGUUGGUCAGCGAUCGGAUUAGAUGGUCGCAUUUUCUUCUGUCUAUAUGAGCAUUGUUGAAUUUAAAUGAUGGUUGAGGUUACUUAUUUCAGCGUGUUUUUCCAUCCAAUUCCAUGACAUUUGCUAUAGAGGUUACUAUAUGUAUUUAUUUAUUUCACAGUUUAAAGUUGCAUGGACAUAAAUGUGCCAAUUGGCUACUUUUUAGCUGCAGGCCCUCGGCAAGUACAUAACAAAUAUUACAUUUUUUUUUUUUAUUUCAGCCUCACUACUUUUCCACUGCUUUGUCUUUGCUUAGACUUGCUUUUACUUGGACAUCAAAACAAGAUUUUAAAUUUUUUUUUAAGUAAACCAUCUUCAGUACGUUGAUGACGUUUUUGCACUGUUGUUCUUGUUCAAAUGCUGUGCAGAUGAAUCCUCAGAAACAUGUAAAUACGAUUUGUGCAGCAAAACGUACAAAAAAAAAAAAAAAGAAUGUCUGCGGUGAUGUCAGCAGCAAAACAUUGUGAUAAAAUGCAAUCAAACUGAAGUCCAGGUAUGAAUGUACUGCCUACUAGAAAACAAGAUUUCAGUCUAAUAUCAUAAGUACGCUUCUGUACAUGCUUCUAAUUAACAUGGCUUCAAAAGCUACAAAAAAAAAAGACCCUGAUUAAGGCACCUUUGCAGCGAAUGCACAGCUUAUGAAGCUUUUUAUACGGUGCUUCACUUUGUGGGAAAUUUGCAGUUUGGAAGACGAAAGGUUCUGAUUUGUGCUGUGAAGCGACUGAACGACAAAAUGAAUGGUUAUCUUUUUAUUUGUACCGUGUAUUUGUUUUGUGUGUUUUAAUAAAUCUUACA